CAAGUAAAUAAGCUCCGACAAACGCUUAGCGCCACGUGCUAAAUCUUCCCUAAAUAAAGCCCAAUAGCUGCAACGGCUACGAAUAGCUGAUGUUGAAGUUACUUACGCCGCCGUGCUAGGGGGUGGGCUUUGUGUAACUGGCCUUGAAUCUAGCCUUCGUGGUUUAUUUUUUAUUUUUUAUUUUUUGCCUUACCUAUCGUCAAUCUGCAUCAAAACACCCUCUCGCAUCACUUCCGCGUCACCUGCUCACCUAUCGAUUUUUCUGGUCCAUAAGAAAUAAUAACAGCCUUGUCUGCAGAAAAAAACAAAGAAGAAAGAAAAAAAAUAACGUAUCCAUUUCUUCCCCUAACGAUGCUGCUACGGAAUUCACAGUUGAAACGUCCUGAAUGGCUACUAGCGUCGCCCAUCGUCAUGUAAAUUUGGCUGAUGAUCCUUUGGUUUUUCUCGAAAGCUUCGAACCUCGUCCCCUCGAAUAUGACCGCCAUCAUGACGUAUUAUACGAUCCCUCCACUGAAUCUAGUAGUCAAUUAUCUAUCAUGUCGGCCGAGGACAUACCCUUAGAGUUAUCCCGUACCCUAACAACCGGGUCCGAAGGUUGGACUGAUUCCGAAGACGACAACGACGAUUCGUCCGUCACGUCUGACACUUCGCAUGCCCGCAUCGCCCGCCGACCACAUUUUCCCCCUGUCCUACCCUCCGUAAAUUCAUCCUCUAGUAUCUCCAAGAGUUUGCCACAGAAGCUAGCAGCAACCAUUGCCGCUGCGGAGGGGACCGGCUUAAACCGCCGGCAACAUAACCUAAGCAAAUCGCAUUCACCUUCUGCUCGGUUUCGACGUGUGAAGUCACCGUCUAUACCUUCCCAAACCCACAGAAGGUCUCUCAUCUCCGAUGCUCUCCGUGUCAACUAUCCGCUGGACUCGCAAAAUCGGCCGAACCUCCUCCGUGUGCCAUCGAGCCGGCAACUACGACCACUUCCACAUGGAAUCCACGACAAUAUAUCGGGAGGGAUAGGGUUUCCUGACGUCAGGGGCCCUAAGCCUAAGCCGUACAGUUGGAAGGGGCUUGGAGCAGAGAGUGAGGAGAGCGACUGCGAGGAAGAUGAGACCGGACUCGCCAGUUCUUCUGAGGAUGAGGAUGAUGAUCAGGACAACGUGUCCGGCCGCGCUUCUCGCGGCCUCCGACGCCUAACGGAACAAUACUCGAGGCUCAGGGACCGGAGGACUAAUCUAUGGGAGAUGUUCGACAGCAUCCAUCUGAAACGAGCCCAGGUUCAAGAUCUACGUCAUAUGAAGGACGAAACCAGCCUCGCUUUUAUGAGUGCCGUGCAGGCUAUACUUCCUAAUAAUCCGGAGCUAGAUCAGCUCUUCAAGGAUAUGCAAGAUGCCCAGCUCAGGUGUCAGGAAGCAGAACAACGCUUCGACGACAUGUUGGACGAGCUCCAGCAUGGCGAAGUAGAGUUGGAGCUAGAAGAGCGAAGGUUCUAUACCGUCGCGGCGGGCGUAGACGAAACUGAUGACGAAACUGACGAUGAAAGCUGUUCGGUGACCUCGGAGGUCUCAGCACUGCGAGGAAUCACUGGUGAUCGCCCGGAAGACAUACAUCCUCUAUUUGAAGAGCUUCGAGAGGCUUCUCGGAACAUACAGUUAGCCAAGGAGCUUCUAGUAAAUACCCAAAUGAAAAGGAAAGCCCUGAGUGCAGGAAAGUCUCAUUUGUUAUCUCCUGACAGUAUCGAGCUGCUGGAGACGUACGGAGAUGCGGGGAAAAACCGAGCUCUCGAACUCAAGCGAUCGGGAGUAAUGUCGGAAGACGAUGUUGAAAUGCUAAUGGAUUACGACAAGCUGGAGCGGAAGGCUCGGUUUGACAUCGGUCGUUUCACGAAAGAUGUCAUAAGAUUGGAAAACGAAUGCCGCGAAAAGGGAGUAAUGCCCAAGAACACACCUUUCCAGGAGGAGGGGUUUGGAGUCAAUCCCGUCCUUAAGGAUGAUAUCCAGCUGGAUGAUGUGCCGUUCGACAUGCACGCGAGAGGGCAACCUAAGACCCUGGCACAUUCGGUGUUCCCUAAGCUACUGUCAAAUCCCACGCACUUGCUGGAGGCGUUCCCCAUGACAGCUCAACAAUCGCUCCGGCUCGCCCUGUCACUUCCUCCGGGAAUGCCAUCCCGUCAAAAGCAUGUUAAUGAUGCGGCCCGCGAGGUCAACAUCCAUUCCUUACUUGAAGAGGCUGGGGAUGUUGACAAAAGGGGCUAUAUUAAUCGUUGGUUGCUUCAUAAGCUUCACUUAUCACCCAUGGAAGCCGAGCUCUUGUGGUCUACUUUCCAUUCUCGUCUUAGAGUUCGCGAUACCAAUAGAUGGCAGCAAGAUGUCCUCCACCUGUGGUGGAAAGAUCAGGCUGCCAACCUACCGCCGGCUCAGUUCGAGGGCGUAUACGAAGAUCGUAGUUCGGCGUCCAUUAACCCAAGGACAGAUCUCCCUGCCAGACGAUAUUCCGACUCCGGCCAGCUUGACCAUCUUAGGCUUUGGGAGAUCGAAGAUGCGUGGGGCUGAAAGACAUGGAUUCUUUUUUAUAGUUCAAUGCCCUUUUUAGUAAGGUAUAUAUAUAGCCAUUAUACUCACGGCUUCAUUUACUUUGUUACUUCACUGGUGGCUUAUGUCGUCAAGUUUCGGGUUUGCGGAGGGCAACGGGACUUGCAAACCGCGUUGGGAAAGAUUGAUUAAUUCAUGGACUUUAUAUACCCCUUAUGCGAUUUUACAUCACGAUGGAGUUUUAGCCAUUGGCUAGGAAGGGCUAAGAUUGGAUUGCUGUUUCAUGUACGGAUCCUAUGUUAACUUACAGGUGGAGGCUGUCUGUACUACUUUGUAGGCGUUCGGUCAUACUCAUACCCCCCAGGCUCUUAUUUUAGAAUGUUAUAACUCCGAGUGAGGUUUUCGCAAGCGUUGUCGUCCAUAAGAUUGAGUUGAGUACCUAGUAUAUCGAUUCUAUGGUCUCGAAUGUACGUAUGAAUGUAUGUCAUGUCACGUAUCACAAGUAGCCUAUCCAUCUACA